AUCUUCCCACCAAAUUACAGUCAAACCCAUAUCAAAGAUUUUAUCUUUUUUGGUCUCUGUUUAUGUUUUGAAUCAUAGCCACAAUCUCAUCACCAUUCACCACUAAACCCAAUCAGUCUUUUCCUGGUCAAACCAAACCAAACUAAACUAAACCCACCCAGAUAAUCAAAAUUUUGCCUUUUUUUUUUUUGGUUUUUUUGUUUUUUUUGAUAAGGGAGGGUUUUCAAAGGACACCUGUCAAUCAGGAUCAAGAUCGAGAUAUAAAAACUUCUUUUUCUGAAUUGGGUUAGUUUACCAUUGCUUGAGGACAUGAAUUUUAGGAGCUUAGAUGAGUUUUGGGCUUUCUAUGUGAGCCAACACUCGAAAAAAAGUACAAGGCGUUGGCACUUUGUGGGAACACUCAGUAGUAUUAUCUUUUUGCUUUUCUCGAUAUUGUUUAAUUGGUGCUUUCUGGUGUGUGUGCCAAUCUUUGGUUAUGGAUUCGCCUGGUAUAGUCAUUUCUUUGUUGAAGGAAAUGUUCCGGCUACUUUUGGGCACCCGUUAUGGUCUCUUUUUUGUGAUUACAAGAUGUUUGGAUUGAUGCUUACAGGGAAUAUGGAUAGAGAAAUUAAGAGGCUCGGCAAGAGGCCUGUGUUGCAGGUCUUUUGAUCAUGAUACUUGCAUCCCCAAGAAACUUCUGCUUUACUUUGGGUGAGGGUGUUCAUCCGUAAGAAAGAAAUUUUGGGAAUAUAUGCCAUCAUCUUCCAACCUUGGAAGCAUUUAGAAGGAUAUUGAGUGGAUAGCAGAAUAUAUUCACCAAAGUGCAUGGUGACAUUGUCGGCGCGAGCAUACAAUCUGAUACUGUGAUAAGUAAUGAAAACAAGAUGUCUGUAAAUAGUUCAGAAUUUAGCCUUUGAAUUGUUCAUGUAUGAAUAACAUAUGGUUGCUUUCUGUAAACACCUUUUGGCUGAAGAGUGUUCUUAGGCGGGGAACUAUUCAUAUUUGUAUAUAGAGGAGGCAGAAAGGUUUCUCUUUAUCUGUUAUACUGAAUUAUAUACAACCGUACAACGAUUUAAAUGUAUUUGUGCUCCACCUAAUACAAAGAAUUAUGCUAUGUAUCCCAAAUGAAAA